UCAAGAUCACAGUCGCUUCUACACACCUACUCAUACCACUCAUUCCAAUUCUCCUUCUCUUUUCAAGAACUCCAUACUCUCAACUCAAUCUCAAGAUGCAUAUCCCUACUUUCGGACAGGUUGCCACCAUCGGCAUGGCUUUCUUCGCCGCCGCUGCCUUGGCUGCUCCCAUCGCUGAGCCCCUAGAUACCGAUCUCGUCGAGCGAUCCACCAAUCUGGCUGCUCGUGGCGAGGGACUCGCUUUCGCCGGUGCCGUCAGCGCUCUAGAGCAGCGCAACAGCAAAAAGAAGUGCAAGCGUACCAACAACAAGGGCUACUGCACCGAUUCCGAUGACAAUAAGAAGGACAAGAAGAAGAAGCAGUGCAAGCGCAACAAGAAGGGCGAUUGCUCUGACUCUGACGAUGACAAGAAGGAUAAGAAGAAGAAGAAGCAGUGCAAGCGCAACAAGAAGGGUGACUGCUCCGAUGAUGAGGACGAGAAGAAGAAGGGCAACCAGAAGGAUGACAAGAAGAAGAACGACGACAACAAGUACGAUGACAAGAAGAACGAUGACAAGAAGAACGACAACAAGAAUAACGACAACAAGGGCGACGACAACAAGAACGACGAUAAGUUCGAGGACAAGAAGAACGAUGACAACAAGAACGGCAAGGACAACAAAGGCGGCUACUACUAA